UUUUCGUCUCUCUACACACAUACUCUCGGUUAAGAAUGUUUAACAAGUUUUUAAGGUGAUUAGAAAGUUUGUUAAUCUCUUCUGCCCAUUCGUUGCUAGAAUGUGAAAGUUGGUCUUGUGAUCUAGUGUUGUUUGACCUUGACGAUCGCUGAACUUGCAUGUGUUGCAACUGCGAAUCGAUUUAGUCUUUGAUCGACCUUAAGUUAAUAAACAUUUCGUCUGUGAUCAACGUUAUCAAACCAAACCAAACCUAUAACAUUUCGGUUGGAUGUUCCAUUUCGGCGCAAAUGCAACCGCCAUGCUGUCAACAUUGACGAUCAAGAAGAUCACUCGAUCAUCAUCAUCAUCAUUGCAUUCAUUGCGAAGCAUGCAAUUGAUCGUAAUCAGUGUUUUGUUGUAUUGUAGUGCACUCGGUAGCCUCACCCAAGCUCAGGAACUUCAGUCCCAAAACAAGAUGUCGAGCAGUGAUAACAGCUAUCAGGUAGUGCAGCUUCCAGGCCCUCGCACAAAGCUAGGGGAAGGGCCAGUUUGGGAUAUUGAAACCCAGAGCCUUUACUAUGUGGACAUCGACACACCGGCCGUCCUUCGUUACGAUUAUGCGGACAAUCGUACCUACAGUGCAAAGCUUGAGGGAGCUAAUUCCAUUUCGUUCAUUGUGCUUGUGGCGGGUCAACCGGAACAUUUUGUGGUGGGCGAGAACAACCGUGUGACCUUGAUCCGUUGGGAUGGUCGGUCCGAAGAAGCACAACACGUCCGUGUACUAGCCGAUUUAGGUAACAGCCAGAGCCACGUUCGUUUCAACGACGGUAAGGUCGAUCCGUCCGGACGACUGUACGCUGGCACGAUGCAGCUGGAAUCUCUGGGCGAUCUACUUGCACAGAAGGAAGGACAAUUUUUCCGCUACACCAAUGAAACCAUGGUGUUGCAAAAGAAGAACAUCAGCGUUUCAAACGGACUGACAUGGGAUGAGCCCGUCAAUCCUUUACGCAUGUAUUACAUCGAUUCCGCAGCGUUGGACGUGAAAUCGUUUGACGUCGAUGAAAAUGGAGAUCUCAAAAAUGAGACGGUAUUUUUCGACUUGCGUGUUAAUGGAACCAAUCCGGGCUAUGUUGCCGAUGGGAUGACGAGUGAUGCCGACGGGAAUCUGUACAUUGCUACCUGGGGCGGUUCGAAGGUUAUGAAAGUUGAUAAACGUUCCCAACAACUUGUACAGGAAAUCAAAAUUCCAGCUGAGCAAGUUACAUCGGUCGCGUUCGGUGGUCCUCAGUUGGAUGAGCUAUUCGUCACCACCUCUUCAAAAGGUGACAAACCUGCACCGGCUGGGGAACUCUUCAAAGUAACCGGAUUGGGCGUUAAGGGUAAACCAAUGCACAAAAUGAUUCUGUAAAUAAACGUAAACACAUUUACUUUUUUCAAAGGAUUUUAAAAGCAA